CUCCAGUUUGCAACGUGUGAUCAGUGUAUCGAGACGUAUUCAGUUUAAUAAUAAUUCCAAGAGUUAUAUUUCGUUUUUUUUUAACGAAUAUUUGAUUAAAAAUUUUGAGUUGUUAAGAAAAAGACAACAUUGUAAAUAGUUAAAUUCAACAAAAUUGAUAAUAGAUCGUAUGUGCAUUUAAAGUGAAAAAUAAGAAAAAUGUCGAAUAUGACGCAAGAACAUAAUGGAAUCCUAUAUUUAAAACCCACAUUUUCUACAUUGAUAUUUUUUGUUAAUGGUAAAAAGGUUAUUGAUGCUAAUCCCGAUCCAGAAUGUACCCUACUCACAUACUUACGUGAAAAACUCCGAUUAUGUGGCACGAAAUUGGGUUGUGGGGAAGGUGGUUGUGGAGCCUGUACCGUAAUGAUUUCACGCAUUGAUACCCUAACGAAUCAAAUUAAACAUAUAGCGGUGAACGCGUGUCUAACACCAGUAUGUGCCAUGCAUGGUUGUGCUGUAACUACCGUUGAAGGUAUUGGUAGUACACGCACCAGAUUACAUCCAGUACAAGAACGUCUUGCCAAAGCUCAUGGUAGUCAAUGUGGUUUUUGUACACCCGGCAUUGUUAUGUCCAUGUAUGCUCUAUUAAGAAAUUCACCGCAGCCUUCCAUGAAGGAUUUGGAAGUUGCCUUUCAGGGCAAUCUAUGUCGUUGUACUGGUUAUAGACCCAUCUUAGAGGGUUAUAAAACAUUUACCAAAGAAUUUGGUUGUCCUAUGGGUGAGAAAUGUUGUAAAGUUAACGGCAAUUCCUGUGGCAAUGGAUCGGAAAAUGGUGUCUUAGUCGAUGAUAAACUAUUUGAGAAAAGUGAAUUUGUGCCUUUUGAUCCCACACAAGAACCCAUAUUUCCCCCAGAACUUCAGCUGAAUAAAGAAUGGGACUAUCAGACGUUGGUUUAUAAAAGCGAACGUGUUACUUGGUAUAGACCUGCCAAUUUAGAAGAUUUACUUAAGAUAAAGGCACAGUAUCCAGAUGCUAAGUUGGUCGUGGGCAACACGGAAAUAGGUGUGGAGGUGAAAUUUAAACACUUUCUCUAUCCAGUUCUGGUAAAUCCUACAAAAGUAAAAGAAAUGAUAGAUGUCCAGGAAUCAGAGGAUAGUAUAUAUUUUGGUGCUUCCGUAAGUUUAAUGGAUAUAGAUAAAAUUUUAAGAGAUAGAAUUGAAAAGUUACCCGAACAUCAAACCAGAUUUUUUCAAUGUGCGAUCAAUAUGUUGCAUUAUUUUGCGGGUAAACAAAUUCGUAAUGUAGCCUCAUUGGGCGGAAAUAUUAUGACUGGUAGUCCCAUAUCUGAUAUGAAUCCUGUAUUAAUGGCUGGUGCUGUUAAAUUAAAAGUAGCCAAAUAUGUUGAAGGUCAAAUCAAGUAUAGAGAGGUGUGUAUGUCAUCCGGUUUCUUUACGGGAUAUCGUCGAAAUGUCAUUGAACCCACAGAAGUUUUGGUCGGUCUAUAUUUCCCGAAGACUUUGGAGCAUCAAUAUGUGGUAGCCUUCAAACAGGCCAAACGUAGAGAUGAUGAUAUAGCCAUAGUAAAUGCGGCCAUUAAUGUGUUUAUAGAUCCCAAGACCAUAACAGUGGAAAAAGUUUAUAUGGCUUUUGGUGGUAUGGCGCCUACCACUGUAAUGGCUACACGUUCUGCCGAUAUAAUGGUUAAACAACAAUGGAAUAAGGUCCUCAUGGAACGUAUAGUAGAAAGUUUGUGUGCAGAGUUACCUUUAGCGCCCUCAGCUCCUGGUGGCAUGAUUGCAUAUCGACGCUCUCUGGUGGUGAGCUUAUUCUUUAAAGCUUAUCUAACCAUAACCCAGAAACUUAUUAAGGAUGGUAUAUUACCACAAGAUUCUUUACCCCAAGAAGAACUAAGCGGUGCUGAGGUAUUCCAUACUCCUGCCUUAAAAAGUGCUCAGCUGUUCGAAAAGGUCUCCAACAAACAAUCGGAGUGUGAUCCUAUUGGCAGACCUAAGAUACAUGCUUCCGCCUUAAAACAGGCCACCGGCGAGGCCAUCUACUGCGAUGAUAUACCACGCAUGGAAAAUGAGUUAUAUUUAGCUUUGGUAUUGAGUACUAAAGCCCAUGCUAAAAUCCUAAGCAUCGAUGCUUCAGAAGCUCUAGCUAUGCCUGGUGUCCAUGCCUUUUUCUCUAGCAAAGAUCUAACGCAUCAUGAAAAUGAAGUUGGUCCGGUAUUUCAUGAUGAAGAAGUUUUUGCUUCAGAUAAAGUAUAUUGCCAUGGACAAGUUGUGGGCGCAAUAGCGGCCGAUAAUCAGACUAUAGCUCAAACAGCGGCGCGUAAGGUGAAAAUCGAAUAUGAGGAUAUAAAACCAGUGAUUAUAACUAUUGAACAGGCCAUUGAACAUCAAUCAUAUUUCCCAGACUAUCCUCGUUUUACGGAAAUAGGUGAUGUAGAGAAAGCUUUCCGGGAAGCUGACCAUGUUUAUGAGGGUUCCUGUCGCAUGGGUGGUCAGGAGCAUUUCUAUUUAGAGACUCAUGCAUCUUUAGCCGUUCCACGUGAUUCAGAUGAAAUUGAAAUAUUCUGUUCUACACAACAUCCCUCGGAGGUGCAAAAACUAGUGGCACAUGUCUUAUCCACUUCAGCUCAUCGUAUUGUUUGUCGUGCCAAACGUUUGGGUGGAGGAUUUGGUGGCAAAGAGUCUCGUGCUAUUGCUGUAGCCCUGCCAGUGGCUUUGGCCUGUCAUCGUUUGCGUAGACCCAUACGUUGUAUGCUUGAUCGUGAUGAAGAUAUGAUGAUCACCGGUACUCGUCAUCCCUUCUUGUUUAAAUAUAAGAUUGCCUUUACCUCGGAGGGUCGUUUAACCGGUUGCUAUAUUGAAUGCUACAAUAAUGCCGGCUGGUCUAUGGAUCUUUCUUUCUCGGUAUUGGAAAGAGCCAUGUAUCAUUUUGAAAAUUGCUAUAAAAUACCCAACAUUAAAGUGGGUGGUUGGGUGUGUAAAACAAACUUACCUUCGAACACUGCUUUCCGUGGCUUUGGCGGUCCUCAGGGCAUGUUUGCGGGCGAGCAUAUAAUACGUGAUAUUGCACGCAUUUUAAACAAGGAUUAUUUGGAAAUUAUGAAAUUGAACUUCUACAAAGAAGGUGAUAUAACGCACUAUCAACAAAGGUUGGACAAUUUUCCCAUAGAGAAAUGUUUCUACGAUUGUCUUCAGCAGUCGAAAUAUUACCAGAAAAAACAAGAGAUUGAGGAAUUCAAUCGUAAUCAUCGUUGGCGCAAGCGUGGCAUAUCAUUAGUGCCCACCAAGUAUGGUAUAGCAUUUGGUGUUUCACAUCUCAAUCAAGCGGGUGCUUUGAUUAAUAUCUAUGCCGAUGGUUCGGUUCUGCUUUCGCAUGGUGGCGUAGAAAUCGGCCAGGGUCUUCACACCAAAAUGCUACAAUGUUGUGCUCGUGCUUUGCAAGUACCCAUUGAAUAUAUACAUAUUUCCGAGACAGCCACCGAUAAAGUGCCAAAUACUUCACCCACAGCAGCUAGUUCGGGUUCCGAUUUAAACGGCAUGGCGGUUUUGGAUGCUUGUGAAAAGUUAAAUAAACGUUUGGCUCCUAUAAAAGAGGCCAAUCCCAAUGGUACUUGGACUGAAUGGAUUAGUAAAGCCUAUUUUGAGCGUAUUAGCUUAUCGGCAACGGGUUUCUAUCGAAUGCCCGAUAUUGGCUAUGAUCCAGUUAAUAAUCCCAAUGCUUUAAUGUACAACUACUUUACGAAUGGUGUGGGUGUUUCGGUUGUAGAAAUCGAUUGUCUUACCGGAGAUCAUCAGGUCAUCAGCACCGAUAUAGUUAUGGAUAUUGGUUCAAGUUUAAAUCCAGCCAUAGAUAUUGGUCAAAUCGAAGGUGCUUUUAUGCAAGGCUAUGGCCUCUUUACCUUGGAAGAAAUGGUCUACUCACCCCAAGGUGUUGUCUAUUCACGUGGUCCUGGCAUGUACAAAUUACCCGGUUUCGCUGAUAUACCAGGAGAAUUUAAUGUAACGAUUUUAACAGGAGCAGCUAAUCCUCGAGCUGUUUAUUCCUCCAAGGCUGUUGGUGAACCUCCUUUGUUUAUUGGUUGUUCUGUGUUCUUUGCUAUCAAAGAAGCCAUAACUGCGGCCCGCAUAUCGAAUGGCUUGAGCGCAGAAUUUAGAUUGGAGUCACCUGCAACUUCUGCACGUAUACGUAUGGCUUGUCAGGAUGAGUUUACGAAUUUGAUUGACCAACCUGCUGCUGGUAGUUAUGUGCCAUGGAAUGUUGUACCUUAAACUUAAUGAAUUAUUAGCAAAAAUAUUUCUUUAGAAAUAAGUUACCAGUGAAAUUAAAUGAAUUAUUUAGUAUAUAUUUAAUAUGAAAUAAAUAGAUUUUUUUUAAAUAUAAUACA